UCUCCUGAGCCGCCUCCCGCCCCCUCCUUGGUUCUCCCCUCGCGCCCUGCGCAGCAGAAACAUGGCGGCGGGAAGAGAGUGAGCCGCCGGCGCCCUGCGCAGCUGCUGCCUGCAGAUCUAGUGACUGGGAAUUCAAGAUCAACAUGCUGGUGGAAUUGGUUUCCAGUGAAGCUUCUCUCUUCUGGAGUGCAGUCUUUACAGAUGGAGAAAUUAACAUACAGAGAAACUGACUCCUCAGAGAUUGGAACAAGCUGUUAGUGGAUCCAGGAAUAAAUCCCAAACCUCUUAACUCCUUAACCAGUUUUUAGUCCAUUGACUAUGCAGCCUAGUGCAGUCGACUGGAAUGAAGUUAGAAAACACAAAUAUGGCCACAUAUCAGAGUCUACAUGCCAAUAUCAAGCAUCUAGUGCUUUUCGUAUGGUCCAAAGGGGCCCUGUGCUGCUCCACUACAGAGGAAACUUCAAGAAAUGCUGGUUUGCUACAGUGUUUUAGCUUGUGAGAGUCUCUGGGAUCUUCCCUGCUCCAUCAUGGGGUCACCUCUAGGUCAUUUUACCUGGGACAAAUACCUAAAAGAAACAUGUUCAGUCCCAGCGCCUGUCCAUUGCUUCAAGCAGUCAUAUACACCCCCAAGCAAUGAGUUCAAGAUCAGCAUGAAGUUGGAAGCACAGGACCCCAGAAACACUACAUCCACCUGUAUUGCUACAGUAGUUGGGCUAACAGGUGCUCGCCUCCGCCUGCGUCUUGAUGGCAGUGACAACAAGAAUGACUUCUGGCGGCUGGUUGACUCAGCUGAAAUUCAGCCUAUUGGGAACUGUGAGAAGAAUGGUGGUAUGCUGCAGCCUCCUCUGGGAUUUCGGCUGAAUGCUUCUUCUUGGCCUAUGUUCCUUUUGAAGACAUUAAAUGGAGCAGAGAUGGCGCCCAUCAGGAUUUUCCAUAAGGAGCCUCCAUCACCUUCCCACAACUUCUUCAAAAUGGGAAUGAAGCUAGAAGCUGUAGACAGGAAGAACCCACAUUUUAUUUGCCCCGCUACCAUUGGGGAGGUUCGGGGCUCAGAGGUGCUUGUCACUUUUGAUGGAUGGCGAGGGGCCUUUGACUACUGGUGCCGCUUUGACUCUCGGGACAUAUUUCCUGUGGGCUGGUGUUCUUUGACUGGAGACAACCUGCAGCCACCUGGUACCAAAGUUGUGAUUCCAAAGAAUCCCUAUCCAGCAUCUGAAGUGAACUCUGAGAAGCCCAGCAUCCACAGCAGCAAAACUGUCUUGGAGCAUCAACCAGGGCAGAGGGGGCGUAAACCAGGAAAGAAGAGGGGCCGAACACCUAAGACCCUUAUUCCCCAUACCAUCUCUACCCAAUCCAAGUCAGCUGAACCUUUGAAAUUCCCAAAGAAGAGGGGUCCCAAACCUGGCAGUAAGAGGAAACCUCGGACUUUGCUGAGCCCUCCACCCACUUCUCCAACAACCAGCACUCCUGAACCGGAUACCAGCACUGUCCCCCAAGAUGCUGCCACCAUCCCCAGCUCAGCCAUGCAGGCCCCCACAGUUUGUGUCUACUUGAACAAGAACGGCAGCACAGGCCCUCAUUUAGAUAAGAAGAAGAUCCAGCAACUCCCUGACCACUUUGGGCCAGCCCGUGCCUCGGUGGUAUUGCAGCAGGCUGUGCAGGCUUGCAUCGACUGUGCUUAUCACCAGAAAACUGUCUUCAGCUUCCUCAAACAGGGCCAUGGUGGUGAGGUCAUCUCAGCCGUGUUUGACCGGGAACAGCAUACUCUCAACCUCCCAGCAGUCAACAGCAUCACGUACGUCCUCCGCUUCCUGGAGAAGCUCUGCCACAACCUUCGGAGUGACAAUCUGUUUGGCAACCAGCCCUUUACGCAGACUCACUUAUCACUCACUGCCACAGACAGCCACAGCCACGACAGGUAUCUACCAGGUGAAACCUUUGACCUGAGGAAUAGUCUGGUGCGAUCCUUGGAGUCACACUCAGACUCAAUGGACUCUACUUUGAAUCCCACCAACCUUGUCCGUACGUCCUCAAAUCUUCGAGCACCUGGGUAUGGACCCAUACCCUCCUGUGGCCUCCCACCAAACACCACCUCAGCUGUGCGCAGGCUAUGUUCCAGGGGUUCCAACCGAUACCUGGAGAGCCGAGACACCUCCCGACUGAGUGACCAGGACCCUUCCUUGUGGACAGUGGAGGAUGUGAUGCAAUUUGUCCGGGAAGCUGACCCUCAGCUUGGACCUCAUGCUGAGCUAUUUCGAAAACAUGAGAUCGAUGGCAAGGCCCUUCUCCUGCUGCGCAGUGACAUGAUGAUGAAGUAUAUGGGCCUGAAGCUGGGACCUGCGCUCAAGCUCUCCUUCCACAUUGACCGACUGAAGCAGGGCAAAUUCUAAACAGAAGGCGUAGCCUAGACAACUGAGCAGUCAGGCAGAAGAGACAUUCUGUCCAGAAAGGCCGCCACCAGCCUACUCCUAGGUGCCUCAGUGAGGUUCUGGGUCACCUCAGGACUUGAUGAAGCUGGGGAGCCACCACUACUACCCGUUCCUGCCAUAAUACAUCCUUCCAUGAAGGAUGGAGGACAGGAAAGUAUGGGCCCAGGGCCAGUGCUGCUCUUCCUCAGCCCUCCAUGGUACCCAGGUCCCUCUAUUUAUUUCUCAAACCUGGCAAACUCUCACUAGGAGUUUAGACUGUGCAUUUUGUAAGUGAUGGAAAUAAAGGCCAACCCUGGGGCCUUGGAAGGCAGCCCUCACAUCUGGGCCCCUCACCACUCCCUGGGCUUGGUAUGGCCUCCUAUGGCCCCAGUUCCUGCCUCCUCACCAGAUCCCCAGACUCCAAAUUCACGGUGCAGACCUCUACCUUUUUUUAAAAAGAUGUUUUCUUAUUGCUAAUUUAUUAUUUCUGGCACUUAGGCAACUCUUCUGGUUAUUGCUUGUAUUGCACCAGACACUGAAUUUGGGGAAGAGAAAGCCCCCUUCCCUGGCCUCAGAGAGGCCCUCUCCAGUAUCUGUGGCCCCUUUUCAAAAGACACUGCACCAGGGCACAGUUUCCUUGGAGCUGAUGGACCUACACUGUUGGCUGUGUUUGGGGAAAAGAGAGUCCACCACCACCAGGCUCUUUGUAGCUCCAGACCCCAUCUGUGGGAUGAGAGUUCUCCCACACU